AUGGCCGCUUCAGCUGAUAUUUCCAACUCAGCACUGAGCCGCCCUGCUACAGAACUGAGGAUUGUGUUGAUAGGAGGAAGAUCAGGUCACAUUUCCAGUGGUAAAAGCUCAGCUGGAAACAUCAUCCUGGGUCACAAUGUUUUUGACACCAGCAGAAGAACAGCUCAGAGUGAAGCGAGGCAGCAGGAAGUACUCGGCAGACGACUCACAGUGGUUGAUACUCCAGGCUGGUGGUGGUUUUAUCCAAGAGAAGAAACCCCAAAACUGGAUCAGAUAGAAAUCCAUAAGAGCGUCCAUCUGUGUCCCCCAGGACCUCAUGUCUUUCUUCUGGUCAUUCCUGUUAGUUUAUAUUUAUCUCAUCAUGUCAAACUAUCUCUACAGGAACACUUGAAACUUUUCAUAGCAGAUGUUCUCAGUCACACCAUCGUGCUGUUCACUGCAGUCCAUCCAUGUAGUGAUGAAACCAUUGAAUCCAAAAUCAGAAGAAGUCCAGCCCUGCAGUGGAUCCUUCAACAAUGUGGAAACAGAAAACAUGUUCUCAACAUCAGCAACAGAGAAGAUAGAGAUCAAGUCAAAAUCCUUCUAGAGAAAAUUGAGGCGAUGAUUGAACAGAACAGGGGCAGACACUGUUCUGUUGAUGAAUCUGAUGGAAAUGCUCUGAGAGAGAGACUGAAAGAUUUGGUUAAAAAAGCCUCAAAAAGGUUUGAUGAAGUUCAGAAACAAAGAAGAAACCAGAAGCUGCAGAUUGAAGGUGGAAAAGUUCCUCCAAACCAUUUGAGAAUAUUGAUGAUUGGUGAAUCAUAUGUUGGAAAAAGUUCAGCAGGAAACAUCAUUCUGGGAAAAAAUGCAUUUAGUCUUACUGAAAGUGUUGGAAGAACAACAACAGGCAGUGAAAUAAGCCACAGUGUGGUUGAAGGAAGGCGGCUCACAGUGGUGGAUUCUCCUGGAUGGUUCUUCAUCCACACCCUUCAGGACACCAGUGAGAUGGACAAACUGGAAAUAGAGAACAGUGUGAAUCUCUGUCCUCCAGGACAGAGAUUCACACUGUUCUCUAUUUCCAGACCUCAUGUUUUUCUCCUGGUUGUUCCAAUCUUCAGAGCUUUCACUGAGAAAGAUCUCAAAGCUCUGGUGGAGGUCCUGAUGCCAUUAACAGCGAGAGUGUGGAGACACUGCAUGGUGCUGUUUACCAGGGGAGACUGGCUCAAUGGCCUCCCUGUAGAGAACUACAUCAUCAGAGAGGGCAAGGAGCUCCAGGAGCUUCUGGAGAAGUGUGGCAACAGGUACCAUGUUCUCAACAACUUUGAUUAUAAUGAUCCUGUUCAAGUCAAAGAGCUGUUCCGAAAAAUUAUUAACAUGGUAAAACAGAACAAAGGAUGCUUCAUGACUGAAGGAAAAAGAAAGAAAUUUCAGUUUCUACCUCAGCUAGGAAAAAAACGCAUGCUGAUGGAAGAGGAGUGGAACAGACGGGAGCAGGAGCUGAUGGAGAGAGUGAUGAAAGCUUUAGCAAAGGAACCAGAGAAACCAACAGUGCCCUCUGUGGAGGUGGCAAAUAGCAAAGAUGACUUUAUGAUUCCAGACAUGAGCGGAGAUGAUGCCUCAGAAUAUGGCAACAUUUCUGAGAUUAGGAACCAACGAGCUCAUAACAACGUUGCUGAAUGGCUGACUAAGACAGUGAGACAGUCUGAGAUCAGCUCUGGGAUUGGCAGCACGUGUUCCUCAUGA